UCGCCCUAUGCGAAAGGCGAUUAACUUCUUUAUCGUGAAUAUGGCAAUGAGCGAUUUAUUAAUCACACUUGUGUACAUGCCGAGAGUGAUUGGCAUUCUAUUGAGAGGAUACGAAUGGCUUUUCAAAGGCAUAGCUGGGUUGGUGUUCUGUAAACUGGUGUACUUCAUUCAUGAGACGGCUGUCAGCGUGUCAAUAUUUUCUGCAAUCUGUAUCAGCGGUGAACGUUUCUUAGCUGUUGUACGUCCAUUGAAGACUUUGGCCAACGGCACCAAAGCGGCGCGCUACUUAAUCGCUCUUACAUGGAUGAUAUCCUUGCUUCUUAGGAUUCCCAUAGCGAUCGCGAACAAAAUGGGUGAAAAAUGUGGUAGAAUGUACUGCAACCUUUCUCUGGAUGAAGCGUUUUGGCCAGGUUCCUCAGUACUAUACCACAAAUUCAACCUGAUUGGCAUGUAUGCUACGCCCAUGGGAGUCAUGAUUACUCUGUAUUCAACAACAAUCUUUUCUUUGAGAAGAAGAAGUCGUCCUGGAAACAGAGUCACCACGGAGAGUACGCAAGCCACCGAGAUGAAUAAAAAAGUGUCUCGAAUGGUGCUUAUAGUAACAACUGCUUUCAUUCUUUGCUGGAUUUUGUACUUUAUUAUAGCCGUUUUGGCUACGUAUGACGUGAAAAUCUCAUGCAAUAUUCUAUAUCUUAGACUUCUUUUCGCUCACUCUAACUGCGCGCUGACACCCGUGCUGUAUGCAUUGUUUAGUGAAAAUUAUCAGAGGGAGUUUAAGAACGUGUUUUGGACAUGUCUUUGCGCGCGGCGAGCAAGGCCACGAGCGAGAUUCAACAAACGUUUGGGAAUCAACGAGAGGGCAUGGACUGUAGAAUCAAUUACCGAAUGUCAACUGUAGAAUGUCAGUUGCUGCUAGCUUAUUUUGAAAAUGAUUAACAUACAAACGCAUAUGAUCCGGUGUUAUCUUAUGAGGACUGAUGCAAAUUAAAGUGGGUUUGUUUUCGGGUAAAGGAGUCCAGUAAAAAUUAUUACCUACGCAAUAUAUCAUUGGAUAACUUGUAAUUGAAUGUCGUUACUUUGUUCUAUAAUUGGUCAACGUAAAACUCGCAUGAUUGUUUCUUGGUGCAAGACAGAAUCAAGCACUCAGUGAUGUCCACUUGAUAACAAUAUAACAGGUAGGCGAAGACUGGCGAAAUUGCCUGUGGUAAUUACAACUGCGUCCAUUUUGCUAAUAUUUUAUUUGAUAUAUUUUAUUUUAGAAUUACCUUGCGUCAUAAAACUGGCAAUGUGUUAUAUCAUAGUUAACUAUGGUUAUAUGUCCAAUUCAUUUUGUAACCUUUCCUUUUUGUUUGUUUUGACCCGAUCGAAUCUAAAGUGCAACUUCCAUCACCGAUCCCUUUGAAAGAUGAAACGGCACCUGAGGAUUAUAUACGUAUACGUUGUCUAAGGCGGAAGGCGAUCAAAUAUUUUAUUAAGGAUCA